CCCGUGCUGUUGCAGCGGUAGAAAACAAAAAUGCGGGAACCGGCAAGCUUGGACAAAAUAUUGGACACAUUUGCAAGGAACAUGUAACAAAUUCAGCGACUGAUUUCCAGAUCAGCAGUUAUUGAUGGCGUUUUCUAGUCCAGAGUCACCUUUAGAACCACGACGUGUAUUUAUAAACCGUGUUGAAAAUCCUAGCGAAGAACAUGAAGAGCUUAACAAAAUGGCACACGGGGUUGCGGAGAGUAGAAGUGCAGAUAUCUUCUCUAGUUACACAUGCGGUUCAUUGUGUCAUGAGGGUAUUCAAAAUCAUCCAGGAGAUAUUGUGGAAGCUGGUUGUCUGGCAGCUCAGCAGCUACCAAAGGCUAAGUAUGGACUGUUUGAGUCACUCCCACAAGAUUUGAUCAAAACAGGUAAACUGAGUGAUUUACAACUGGAGGGUGUUCUAUUUGCUUGUCAAAGACACCAGAUGAUCCUUGCCAGUGGACAAAGGGCGGGGUUCUUUAUUGGGGAUGGUGCUGGUGUUGGUAAAGGAAGACAGAUCUCUGGAAUUUUGUUGGACAACUUUGCACGAGGAAGAUGCAAACAUGUGUGGUUCAGCAUUUCAGCUGAUCUGAGAUUAGAUGCACAAAGAGAUUUACAAGACAUUGGUUGCUUUGUUAAGGUAAUCGAUGGUUGUCAACAGCUUGACAAAGAGACAAGAGUAUUUGGUUUGCCUGCUGAUUUUAAAGAAGGUGUCAUUUUUAGUACCUAUGCCACAUUGGUAUCAUCUGUCCAGAAAGGUACUAAUCGUCAGAGUAGACUGCAACAGUUGAUUGACUGGUGCGGAGGAGAACAUUUUAGUGGUUGCCUCAUAUUUGAUGAAUGCCACAAGGCGAAACAUUUUGUACCAGGAAAGGAAGAAACAAGUACAAAAAUAGCCCUGGCUGUCACUACUUUACAAAGGAUCCUUCCAAAAGCUCGUGUUGUGUACUGCAGUGCAACUGGAGUCACGGAUGUUAAGAACAUGGCAUUUAUGGAACGACUUGGUCUAUGGGGAGAUGGAACAGCAUUUAAAUCCUUUGAUACUUUUCUUACCAGUAUAACCAAGAGAGGAUUGGGUGCUGCUGAAAUGUUAGCCAUGGAGAUGAAGGCUUCUGGGAUGUAUGUAUCAAGGGGUCUAAGUUUCAGGCAAGCUGAGUUUGUAAAUGUAGAGGCACCAUUAACUCCAGACCAGAUCAAGGUCUAUGACACAGCAGUUCAUGUGUGGAAUGAGUUGAAGAAGUCACUGGAAUACGCAAUGGCUCGAACUAACACUGCAACUACAAGGGUGUGGUCAAUAUAUUGGUCAAGUCACCAGCGGUUCUACAAACAACUCUGCAUGAGUAUGAAAGUUCCUCAGAUUGUGCAGGAAGUCCAGCAAGCGAUACAGGAUGGCUAUAGUGUCGUGAUUGGUCUGCAGACAACUGGGGAGGCAAGCUUAGAGAGUGAAAUAUCGCGUGGUAGAGGCGUGCUGAAUAACUUUAUUUCCAGUACGGAAGAAAUCUUGACCAGGUUUAUCACGCAAUAUUUUCCGACAAAGAUUUCAAAAUCGAAUGGUGAUGUUGUGGAGGACAAGUGGAGUGUGCAAGCCAAGGAUCUUUUACUCUCUUUUGUCAAGAAAAUUAAUCUUCCAAUAAGCCCACUAGAUGACCUCAUAAAUCAACUAGGUGGACCAAAAAUGGUAGCAGAAAUGACGGGUAGGCGUGGUCGUGUGGUAAAAACAGAAAAACAGCCUCAUCCUCAUUACGAGGCUCGAGAAUCGGACAGUAGCAAUGUGGACAGUUUGAAUAUCCAAGAGAGAAACAGCUUCAUGAAUGGAACCAAACUAGUUGCUAUCAUAUCUGAUGCGGCCAGCACAGGAAUCUCGCUACAUGCCGAUCUCCGAGCUGCCAAUCAACGUCGCCGUGUUCACGUGACCAUUGAGCUGCCUUGGAGCGCGGACAAAGCUGUGCAGCAGUUGGGCAGGUCACAUCGGUCAAACCAAUCAAGUGGACCAAUCUAUAAACUUGUUACUACCAACUUGGGCGGCGAGAGAAGAUUUGCAGCGGCUGUAGCUCGCAGGCUCCAAUCCCUAGGCGCUCUUACAAAGGGAGACAGGCGAGCAGCGACUGGUGCCGACUUGACUCAGUUUAAUUUUGACACUACUUAUGGUCGAUCUGCUCUUAGGAACAUGUACCAGUCCAUAACUUUGCAAUCCAUCUGCCCAGGAGUGGCUUUAUCCAAGGUCCUUAGUGGAGCAGAACUUCCCGACAAAUUUGAAUUCACGGAGUUCAAUGCAAUAGCCAGGCAAUGUCUGAUAUCCAUGGGUUUGACUGACGCUACUUUUGUGGUAAAAGACAAAGAGGCUAGUGAUGUUGGACGGUUCUUAAAUCGUAUUUUGGGUCUAAGCGUUGAAAAACAGAAUUUGAUGUUCUCGUAUUUCUGUGAGUGCCUACAUGCUACGAUUGAAACUUCAAAACGCGAAGGAAGGUAUAGUGAAGGCGUGACAGACGUAUCUGGGUCCUCGAUUACAAUGGUCCGCGGUCCUCAACCGGUUUUUACCGACUUCCAAAAAGGUGUCAUGGAAACGAAGCACGUGACUCUAAACGUUGACCGUGGGAUAGACUGGGACUCCGCCGUGAAUUUGUUUCAAGAGCAUGGGUCCAAUAACCUGGAUGGCUUUUACCGCUCUAAACGCGAACAAAGGGGACAGCGUCUGUUUUUGUUAGCAAUUCUAAAGGAGUCUUCAACACAUCUUUUCAACAUUACAAGACCAAACACAGGCCGGUCACCAUUUGAAGAAGAAAAGACCGAUCUGUUACAUAAAUACAAAAAGAUUUCACUACAAGAAGCAGAGGCCGGAUGGAAAUCGCAGUACGAAAGAACGAGAAAUCACUGCAUCCACGGUUUGGGGUGCAAGAAUGGAUCAUCUUGUAAAACUGGUUGUCGCAUAACGGAGAUCCAUUUGUUAUGCGGAGGAAUAAUUCCACUGCUGUCUGCCUUGGAAAUAGCUAUGGAAAAACACGCUGAUAAACUGGGACUCACCAAGGACAGUCGCUCUUUGAGAGUAGUCCGAGUUGAACUUGAUAGUGGUCAGCGGCUGGUUGGAUUGCGUUACCCAGAGCAACUUAUACCGGAAGUGACGUUGUUCCUGAGAGAACAAAAACUAGUCGACGCGCUUUUGGAAAAACAGCGAAUUGGUAUUUUGGAUGUGGCUGCUUCCAUAAAAGAUACGUCAAAACACAGUCAGGGAUAUGAAGAAGCAGAAUCUCCAAUCAACCCGAGAACUUUAACCAAGGCCACAACGCCUCUUGUUACAAUUAAAAAAUUCUUUAAACCCAAGCCUUCAGGGGAAAGUUCGAAGGUCACAGGAAACCCAACAGGAUCGGUUGAAGAGACGGGUCUUGAUAAAGGUCGUCAUGGAGGAGAAUGUAAUGCACAUUUUAUAAAGGAGGAGAUCACAAAUAGUCCGUGUAUAUCGAAUUCAAGUACAUGUAACAAACAGGAAGUGUCUGCUGAUAGAAUAAAAGAAGUAAAAUCAGUAUACUUUAGUUCAAAGGAGUCAAAAAGAGACGGGCUCUCAGAGAGUGGGACUUCCGAUUCUGAUCCCGGUAGAAGUACAAACGUUACGCACCAUAUUUCCGAGCCCAUCUCAAAGGAGAACGUACAACUUAAGACGUCCGUGAAAAGAACUAACUCUGAGGCAACGUCACGAACAAAUAAACGACAAAAACAGUCAAGUAUUUUAUCAUCGUUUGGGAAGGGGACAAUUAAACCAGCGGAAAAGGCCAAGAAAAAGGAGAUUUGUUGUCCCAUUUGUGGCGUAAAGUUUGGGAAAGAAGUAAAAAAUGCUGAGAUAAAUGAACACAUCGAUGGUUGCCUUGUUACGUAAUAUAUUUUUAUGUCACGUGAUUCUCAAGCUGAGGAAAUUUGGCAAACGUGUCAUCAGUCGAAGGACCAGGAAAGAACAUAAUAAAUUCCAUUUCGAACUGAUUUGCCUACGUGUCUGAUACUUAUGUUAUUUUAGUUUAGUGCCGUAUGUACC